AUGGAAUAUAGAAGAUUGUACUUUGGGGCGGAUGCGGUAGUGGAUGAUGAGUUGUUAGAUCGGUUUUAUAACUCGAUGGUGCAUAAGUUAGAUAGUGAAGAGAUCAGUCUUAAGGAGAUUGAGGAAGAUCUUAUAGUAGAUAGCUGCUAUUUAGAGAGCCAUUUGGUAGAGUUAAAUAAGGAUGGCUUGGACCACUUAAGGUGUGCUUUAUCACGGAUUCUUUGGGAAAGACGAGGGGUUAUACAACGGACUUUUAUUAAGAUUACUGGGUUUGCGGAUCCUUUACCGUUUACGGCUUUAAGGCAUGCAUUGGUGGGAAAGGUCUUUUCAUUAGCAGGUGUGGUGGCUCGAAUUGAGAAUGCUAAGCCAGAGGCCGUGGCGGUGGUUUUUGCCUGUAGUAAGUGUGGAGAAAAGAUAGAGACUUUUCUUAAGUCGGGUGGGGUGUAUGAGAAGCCAGCUCGGUGUGUAGAUGGAUGUCGGUCCAAGUCGUUUGUAUUAUUGAAGGACUCCUUGCAGAACACCUUUUCGGACUUUCAAAGAGUGCGCCUGCACGAGAUAUGUUUAGAUGAAGGGACCAAACGGAAAGCAGGAACAAUCCAAUGUAUUUUAACCCGGUCUCUAAUCAAUACGUUAUUGCCUGGUGAUGCCAUUCAUUUAGUAGGGGUAGGCAUAGCGGAAGAGAGCGCACCCGACAAGUAUAUUAUUGCCGUCGCAGCUAACAACUAUACCUUUUUGAAACCGCGCGAUAAUUUACAAGAAGCUUCUAACUUCCCAGAAGCCGUGAUUGCUGAGCUAAAAGGUCUAGCCAACACACACUCCAAUAUACUAGAACUUCUCUCAGAUUCUUUAUUCCGCGAGAUUGUUGGUCAUCAGUCAGUUAAGGAAGGAAUUCUUCUUUCCUUAGUAGGCGGAGCGGCUCAUAAGAGUCUUAAUAAGCGCAAGGAAAUACACACACUAAUAGUCGGGGACCCAGGAAUGGGCAAAAGUAAGUUGUUACGCAUGGCAGCUGGUAUUCUGCCGCGGAGUAAUUAUGUUUGUAGUACGACUAGCACUCCUGGGGGUUUAGGGGUUUCUAUUCAUUCUCAGCCGGGCGGUGAAUACUCUUUGGAAGCAGGUGCCUUAGUCCUAAGUGAUUUGGGCCACUGUUUUGUUGAUGAGCUUGACAAACUGGACACACCUGAAGUCUUGCUUGAAGCGAUGGAGCAGGCUAGCAUUAGUAUUGCCAAGGCAGGGAUGGUUUGUACUAUGCCUUGCCGAGCCGGUGUCUUAGCUGCAGCCAAUCCAAUUCUAGGUAAGUAUGCUGAAGACCGAUCGGUAGCUGCCAAUCUUUCCUCCUUUGCCGAAGCUUUUCUCUCUCGGUUUGACCUUGUCUUCCUGCUUAUUGAUACGAACACCCAAAUCGACCAACAAAUCACUAGGCAUUUCUUCCAAGCAGAAGACAACCAAACCCAGCCGACUAUUCCCGAAGAUCUAGCCAAGCAGUACCUUCAGUACGCCCGUGAGCAUAUUCAGCCCAUUCUUUCCUCGAGUGCCAAGUCUCUACUGAUGCACUUCUACCAAGAGAUUAAGACCACGGGCACGUACGAAGGCAAAACCAUUCCUCAUGGAGUCACACCCCGAACAGUUGAAACUCUUAUGCGCGUAGCCGAAGCCCGGGCCAAGCUCUCCCUCCGUGUUAUUGCCACCAAAGCCGAUAUGGAGUACGCCAUCAGUAUAUCCACCAUGCGGCCCCAUACCCCCACAACCACCAACCGUAAGUCCAACAGCUCAUCUCUUCUUCCUCUGCUUACUACUUUACCCCAACCCUUUACGUACCGCCAAAUUCACCAGGCCGCCCAACCACUCAACCUUUCAUCUGUCAAAAUAGACCAACUCAUUGCCGCUCUUAAUGAUACCGGCCUCAUUCUCAAAACAGGUCCACAGCACUACAUUAUACCAGCUAACACCAACCCCUAA